AUGGAGCAACUCCCAGAUUCCUCACCGCGCAUAAUCUCGCAUCCUCCUAACAGCCAAGUCCAUUCCCGUCUCCUCCUUGUAAAAGGAACCUGUGGAUCAAGUGCAACCGGGGAAAUUCAAAUCUCUUCUCACCAUGACAAUUUUCCAUCACAAUCGUUUCCCGUGAGAAAUGGACAAUUUAAAGCAUUAAUACAUUUAUCGCCUGGUGAGAAUACAAUCAAGAUGAAUUUCUACGAUGGUAGUAGUCCAUGGGUAUCGUCUUGGACAGUAAAUUAUACUCCACUUUUACAGAAUCCUCCUCUUCAUCUAUGCAUCAUCGUCGGAUCCGAUUCACCACUUACCUACGACGAUGUUCCAGAUUCUCAAGAUCCACCGUAUUUAGAUACAGCAAUAAAGAAGUUACGAUUGGCGGGGUAUUUAUGGCAAGCGUAUACCAGCUGUCAGAUGUCAUCAAAUGGACUAGGUCAUCGAACAUUUCAAUUAAACGAAUCAUGGCAACGCGAUACACUUAGUUCUGCAGAUCAAUCGUAUAGAUAUACAGCCACGAUCCGUGUAUUGAAAAGUAAAUACACAACUGCCGAAAUCCGCGACCCACAACGAGCGCAACAGAAUAAAAGUGCAGAAAAAACGAGUAGUCUCUUUGAUAUAGCAUUAGAAGCCAUUCGUCCUGAAUUUCCAGGCGAAAGAAAUCACAUUGCAGCUCUAUUCUUGGACUCACAUUUUGAAAAUGGUCUGAUUACAGGACAUGCAGCAUUGGGAUUGGGAAGCGUCACUGCACAACAUUCUCUCGCCAUAUUCGGCUCUCAUUCUCUCUUUUCCUGGCCAACAUCUUUGGAAAAUGUUAUUCCAUGCUUUAUGGAUGAAAGAAGCGUUAAUACAAGCUACUGCGGUGUCGAUGUGGAAGGUGAUAAGUACUGGAUUGCGUGUAAUGUCGGUAUCGGUGCGAUGAUGCAUGAAGUAGGACAUUUAUUCGGUUGUCCACAUCAACGGAGUGGUGUAAUGAUGCGAGACUAUAUUCGUUUAAGUCGAUCGUUUAGUGUGAUUGAACCACCUGGUCCGCCGGUACUGAACGGCGAUGAAUGUUCAUGGCAUCGACUCGAUCUGUUGCGUUUUCGAGCGCACCCGUGUUAUGCACUGCCUGGCGAUCAAGUUUCUGCAGAAGGCGAAAUACAAAUUUUUGGAGUUGAUCAAGGUGUUUUACUCAAGUCGACAAGUGCGGUGUUGGUAGUAGAAGUUUACCUUGAAGGCGAUGAGUUUCCGAAAUCAUGGAUAGAGUAUGUCGAGAAGCCACCUUCCGAAGUUAUUCUCUCUGAACAUGAAUUAAGGAGUCGAGUUGGUGCAGAAGGAAGAAUCAAGAUCAAUGUUAUUGCUCUUAAUGGAACGAGCACUUCCACUGACGACGUUGCGGAUUUACUGCACGUUCAACAGGUUCCAGGACUAGGAAAGGUAUGGAAAUCAGCUAAAUUAGGCCUACAAGCUGGUUCUCCUUCAUCGAUUGUACUCCCCGCUCAUUCACUUGUGAAUAUACGAGUUCAUUGUGGUCUCUGUCUGGAUGGUCUUGAAUUCUUUACUGAACGAGAAUCGUUUCUCUUUGGAAAUAGAGGCGGUUCACCGCAUGAUUUCUCUAUGGAAUAUGACGAAUUUAUUAGAGGCUUUGGUGUGAGAAGUGGCGCCUGGAUCGAUGCCCUGCAGAUUAUUACGAAUAAAAGAUGUAGUGAAUGGUAUGGUGAUAUUAAUGGUGGAAGUCAGCAUGAGUUGAUGGUACCUAAUAAUGGUUAUCGAGUCUGUGGAGUUUAUGGGGAAGUACAAAACUGGGUCAUGCAAAUAGGACUGCAUUAUUGUAUCUUGACAUAA